AUUAUAUUAUAUUAUAAAAAUCCUCCUCUCUAUAUAUAUACACGCGUUCAAAUCAUCAAUCACAUCUCUACAUAAAAAUCAUAGAGAAAGAGAGUAGUAAGAAAAAAUGGGAAGAAGAAGAAGCUCACCGUCUUCGUCGAUAGAAAGUAGCUGCAAAAGCAACCCAUUUGGUGUCUCCUCGAGUAAUACUCAGAACCUAAGCACGGACCUGAGGCUCGGACUCAGCUUCGGAUCAUCGUCCGGACAGUAUUACAACGGUGGAGAAAACCAUGAUGGAUAUGGAGUCGUUGCGGCUGAUCAUGAAAUGAUCAUGGAAGAUGAAGAUCAAAACGAGUGUAAUAGUCUCGGAAACUUCUACGUGAAGGUGAACAUGGAAGGAGUUCCUAUUGGAAGAAAGAUCGAUCUCUAUUCUCUUAAUGGAUACCAUGAUUUGAUCACAACUCUCGAUUACAUGUUCAACGCCUCAAUCCUAUGGGCUGAAGAAGAAGAGAUGUGUAGUGAGAAGAGUCAUGUGCUAACGUACGCAGACAAGGAAGGUGACUGGAUAAUGGUUGGAGAUGUUCCUUGGGAGAUGUUCUUGUCUAGCGUGAGAAGACUAAAGAUCUCAAGAGCGUAUCACUACUGAUAUAAAAAGCAAAGCAAAGACGGAAUCUAGGAUUUGACCAAUACAGUGAGGGAAGAAAGUUUUGUCAUGAUGUAAAUCACUUGUUUGUCGGAGAUUUAUUCAAAAUUGUGUUUCUAGUUCGCUACUUGAUGUUAGUAUUAUUCGGUUGUAACUUGUAACGAUGGAAAAAAAUCAGAUCAUUUUCAAGAAUCUUUAUGUUUCGUUGUUUA